UAUAUAUAGCUUCAAGAAGAAUCAUUCUCCAUCAAACCCGUGUCUUCUGCAGGGUCAAGUUGCAGCUAAAACAGGGAAUCCACUAUCACAACUGUUUAGUGCAGAAAAUGGAACCCAAUGGAAAAGAUGUUGCAGAGAAGUAUGCAGUGGUGACAGGAGCAAACAAGGGUAUUGGGCUUGAGACAGUGAGGCAGCUCGCAUCAACAGGGGUGAAAGUGGUGUUAACAGCUAGAGAUGAAAACAGGGGAAUGGAUGCCACUUCAAAGCUUCACCAAAUGGGUUUCACUGAUGUGGUUUUCCAUCAGCUUGAUGUGUUGGAUCCACUUAGUAUCCAGUUCUUGGCCAAGUUUAUACAAGACAGAUAUGGAAGACUUGACAUCCUGGUUAAUAAUGCUGCAGCCUCUGGAGUUGUAGUGGAUGAACAUGGCUUAAGGGCCUUGAACAUUGAUCCUGUAUCUUGGCUCUCAGGGAAGGCAACCAAUGUGGUUCAAGACGUGAUGAAACAAACUUAUCAAGCAGCACAAAUAUGCUUGAAUACUAAUUACUAUGGUGUCAAAAGAUUAACAGAAGAACUUCUUCCACUACUGCAGCUUUCCCCUUCUGGGGCAAGAAUAGUCAAUGUCUCCUCUCUUAGGGGUGAAUUAUGGAGAAUUCCGAGCGAGAAAAUAAGGCAAGAGCUUGGAGAUAUAGAGACACUGAGUGUGGACAAAGUGGAUGUGAUCCUGCAGAAAUUUUUGCAUGAUUUAAAAGAAGGUGCACUUGAAGCCAAUGGAUGGCCAAUGAUGCUGCCCGCUUAUGCCAUGUCUAAGGCCACCCUUAAUGCCUACACUAGAAUUAUUGCCAAGAAGUACCCCAAUAUGCGCAUAAACUGUGUUCAUCCUGGCUAUAUCGAUACUGAUCUGAAUUGGCAUACGGGGAUACAGCCAGUGGAAGAGGGGGCUAGAGGUCCAGUCAAGUGUGCUCUUUUACCUGAUGAUGGUCCUACAGGCUGCUACUUUGAUCAAACUGAGUUGGCUGCAUUUUGAGCUAACCAUUCUCAUUGGCUGCUACUUUGAUCAAACUACCAUGUUAUUGAGUUAUUCACCAAAUAAAGGCUCUGUUUGAUAGAGCGGUUAUGAUUUUCAA